AUGAAGAUUUCGGCCAUACUGCUCUUCUUCCCCUUGUUGGUUCUCGCAAACCCAGCCCCCUUCAGUCCCGCUCCCCAAGGCCUCAUGGGGAUGAUAGAAGCCAGAGGUGAGAGUGCUUGUUGCAAGUCCAGUGGUCAACGCUGGUUAUGUAACGAUGGAACAAAGGGAACUCCAUGCUGUGGAUAUGGAAGUAAAAUGCAACAUGUUCUGCUGUGCCUGCAAGGGUGGGUGCCGCGAUCUCUGAGAUACGGUUUCUGUCUGUCACAAACUCAGACGCUCGGUAUAGGUGGGAUAGAGGUGAUGGGAUAG